AUGGAUUUAUUAUUAUUACUUGGAAAAUUAAAACCAACUCCAUCCCCAAAACCAAUUCCAAAAUCAUACCUAAGAUCAACUCCAACUACAUCCUCAAGACCAAGACUUAGAUCUAUACCAAGAUUAAUAUCAAGACCAAGAAUAAGAACAAGACCAACUUCAAAACUUACAUCACCAUCACCAAUACCACUACCAACACCACAAUCAACUCCAAAACUAAAAUCAAUAUCAAGAGCAAGAUCAAAACUAGCUCCAACUAAACAACCAACACCAAUUCCAAAAUCAUUCUUAAGAUCAAGAUCAAAACCAAAAUCAAAAUUAAAAUUAAAAAUAAAAUUAAUAUUAAAAUCAAAAUCAAAAUCAAAAUCAAAAUCAAAAUCAAAAUCAACUCCAACUCCAACACAAACCCCAAUUCCACCACAACAACCAGAGUCUAUGUACACUUCAUCCACCCAUCCACAAUUCAUUGAUGGACCAUCAAUUGAAGAAUAUGAUGAAGUAAUUGGUCAAUGGGUUACAAUUUACCCAUCACAAACACAACCAACACCACUACCAAGUAAGCCUGUCACCUCAUCUGAUUAUCCAACAUUUUAUGCACAAGAAUCCAAAUACAAUAGCACAGGUGCACCAACACAAUCAUAUGAGGGAAUAGUUGAGGGUCCAUCAAUUGAGGAGUUUGAUGAAGAACUUGGUGAUUGGGUCACCAUAUACACCGCUCCUGCAACAUCUGCACACUCAACACCAAUCGCCUCAUCAAAGUACCCAAAUUUCUAUGCACCAGAAUCAAGAUUCGACUCUACUGGUGCAUCAUCAUAA